ACAGAGCAGCAUCGCACGUCGAUAGUCUUGUCAGAACUAUCCGAUCAUAUGCGUCUCUCAUUAGAGAGCUAUUGAUACCCAAUCAAGUGUCUCUUCAAAGUUUGGAUUCCUUCAUCCAGCCUGUGCGUAUUCUGUGCCAACCCGAGCAGGUGGAUGCUGUCAUGCCAUUUGGGUGCCUUGCUCUGCGAGAUGGGCGGACAUACAACAGCCUGUCAGACAUCACUGACAAAUACGAAAUUGGACAGGUCCUCAAGGCGAAAGAAUUUUGUGAGCUGUGCCUGAUGAAGGAACGACAGACAGACAAGGUCUAUGUGUGCAAGAAAUUCCUCAAGAAGGAUGGCAGGAAAGUGCGGAAGGCAGCCAAGAACGAGAUCAUGAUCUUGAAAAUGAUCAAACAUCCAAACAUCCUACAGCUGAUUGAUGCAUUCGAGACCAGGAAAGAGUUCUUCAUCAUACAAGAGCUGGCCACAGGUGGAGAUGUGUUUGAUUGGAUCUUAGACCAGGGCAACUACACAGAGAGAGAUGCUGCCAAUGUAAUCCGUCAGGUUUUAGAAGCAGUGGCUUACAUUCACUCACUCAACAUAGUCCACAGAAACCUAAAGCUGGAGAACUUGAUGUACUACAGGGAGAGUAACCACAACAAAGUUGUGCUACGAGAUUUCUACCUGUCCAGGUUUGAGAAUGGCUCAAUUACUGAACCCUGUGGAACUCCUGAGUACCUGGCCCCUGAAGUGGUGGCCCGUCAUCGGUAUGGAAAACCAGUUGAUUGUUGGGCUGUGGGGGUCAUUAUGUACAUACUGUUAUCUGGAAACCCUCCCUUCUAUGAUGAAACAGAGGAGGAAAACACAGACAUGCACAACCGGAUCAUCUUCUGCCGCAUUGUUGCUGGAGAAUUUGAAUUUGAUUCACCAUACUGGGAUGACAUUUCCCCUGCUGCCAAAGAGUUGGUCUGCAGAUUAAUGGAGGUUGACCAGAUGCUGAGAAUUACUGCACAAGAUGGACUUCUACAUGAAUGGAUUGCUGGAAAUGGGGCUUCUGAAAAGAAUCUGAAGGAAGGAGUGUGUGCUCAAUUUGAGAAAAACUUUGCAAAGGCCAAGUGGAGGAAAGCUAUUCGGGUCACCACCUUUAUGCAGCGUCUCCGAGCAUCUGAAAUCGGAUCGGCUGAUGGGGUAGUAGGAGGCCAAAGUGAAGGUGUCCGAGCAGAUGGGUUAGAUGGCAAGGGUACACAAAUAGACUCAGGCGGAGUUUCUACUGUGAACGUGUCCCAUGAGGUGACUGUUGAAAACAGGCCCUUGGAGAAUCAAGAAGGGGAUAAACUAGGACCCAGAAAAGCAGAGAAGGAGAAAGAAGACAUUAUGACAGUGUUGCCUUUAGAAGUUGCAGAGCCCCUUGCCCAAUCAAACAGCUCAUCAAAACCACAGAUGGAGGAGCUAAACAGGAAAGAGGUACAGAAAGAAACUGAAAAAGGUGAAAAGGAAGACAAACCACUAACAGAUGCAAUCCAGAAACCAGCAACCUCCCAGGUCAUGAAGACCUCGAACAGUAAAGAAAACAGUGUACCCACAGAACCAGAGGCAACAGCUGUUGAAAAAAAAUCAUAUGAAACUCCAAAUCGUCGUAAGAUGGCUGCCAAUCUCUCAAUGGAUCAUGGCUUAAGUUCUGAUGCCAAAACUGGUAUCUUGUCAGUUGGGAAGGAACAACCACUUAAAACAGAGGAGAAGGUGGGCACAAUGCAGGAUGUGACCCAAAGUAGCUGGUGUCAAACGCAGCUUCCAGAAGCGGUGGCAGAGAGGCCAGUUGAGGUAGGGGUGACUGGAGAAGUUAACUCCAAAUGCAGAGAGACAAAAAAAGGAAAAACAGACAAAGGUAGGCAAUCAGUGAAAAACAUCCAGUCUACAUAUCCAGGAUUGGAAUCUUUAAGUCUUGGCCAUGAUACAGACGUAUUUGAGCAGAAGCUGCAAGAGAUGGUCCAUGGCGCACCCGGAUAUGGGAUCCCAUAUUAUCCAACACCUUAUUCUGUUAGUGGUGGGGCUAUGUAUGGUGGUCUAGAUCCAGGAGGCGGAGCCAGCGCUGACUGGCAAAUGGAUUGCGUAAUUGAACAAAUUGAAAAACAAAUGGCUGCUGUGCUUGAGAAGAUUGAAGGAGACAUGCCUUCAUUGCUAGAGCAGAUCAGUGACCGUCCAGAGACCCUGCCAAGAGCAAAGAGUGCCAGCUCUUCCCCUUCGCCUCGACCUCGCUCGUAUCAUCAUUCGACCCCUCCACCCCUUCCCACCACACCACGCCCAGCAAUGCCCUCUCUACCACAUCUGACCAUCCCUCCUCCUUCUUACCCACCACCCUCUCCACCCGGUCACAUCCAGUGUCACAGCCAUCCAACUGCUGAUGAGGGUAACAGUGAUGGCCAGAGGAAUACAAUGCGGUCUGGCCAUUCACCAAGGGGAAGUGUGUCAGGAAAAGGGUUGUAA